AUGAUAAUCCCGCUAUUGCUACUUUUUCCAAUCAUCAAUGCCUAUUUUGAACAAAAGUUGACUAGAAAUGUUUAUCAAUAUCAAUAAUUCAAAAUCAAUGAAAAGGUGACUGCUAUUGCACCUAAAAAAUGUCCAUAAGAUCUACUCAAUUACACACAUAGUGACACGUAUGUCAGUUAAAUUUGUUUUAACAAAAAUGUAUAUUAUAAUGUUGAAGUUAUCUUUGGUGAUAAUGUUACUAAGAACAAUACAUUUUAAUUAGCGGUAUUUAAAAAAAAUAAUUUUAGCUAGAUCUAACAUCUCCAUGGACUUGGUACAAAUCAUAAGAUUGUAUGAGUUGCAAAAAAAUUAAUACUUUAACAUAUGAAAUUGAUGAUGAUUGUAAACAUAAUAGCAAGAAUAAUAAUUGUUUUAAUGAUUAGUUUAAUAAAUCAUUUAAUGCUAAAAAAUGGAAUGAUGUAAAAGUACAUGGCUAAAUCUAUUCAUAAAAUUCAUUAAUUCAAGGAACCUUUUAAACAGAUACUAUUUAAAUGUUAGCUUAUAAUUCAUCUUCAAAAAUGACAAUCUCCCAAUAUAUUUCUUAUGAAUGGGGAAAUUCUACUCCUCCAUCAUUAGUGAGUAUAACAGGAUUAUAAAUGUUAUAGGUCUAAUUAAUUAAUAAUGAAUUACCUAUUCUUGCAGAUGGUGUUAUUGGAUUUGGAUUUGGAUAUACAGAAACAGAUGAAGAAAGAGCAAAAAGUGAUGCAGAUUUUGUUGAAAAGCUUGUUCAAGAAAAAACUAAACUAAAUUUAACUAAAUAAUUAUUUGCUUUAUACACUUAUGAGAGUGCUAUGAACUUUUCUGAAAUGGUUGUGUAAGUUGGUGGAAUAGAUGAAAAAUAUAUUCGUAAAUAAAAAUCUAAUGGAACUUGGAUAGAUCGUUUAGAAAAAUCAGGUUAUUAUUGGAUGGUAGAAAUUAAUAAAAUUGAAUUAAAAGUAUUGUUUUUUUAUUUAAAAUCAUAGAAUUUAGAAGGAAGGGAUGUAAUUAAUACAGAAUUACCAAUUAAGAAAGCCUUCUUUACUUUGAAUUCCUAAUUUAUAGAGUUACCUUAUGAUGUAAUGAAAGCCUUGACUCUAAAUUUAUAACAAUUUCACUCAAAUACAGCUUGUGAUUUAGUUGAUUCAGAUGUAUUUCAUCAAUAUAAAUUUAGAUGUAUAUCUUAUAUUGUAAGAAUCUACCAAAGUCAAUUCAAACUGAUUAUAUUUUAACGUUUACCUUUGGCAACAAUUAAAUUUCCAUUAAUAAUUCUAAUCUUUUAUACAGAGAAUGCAAUUCUUCUAGUGAAGAUAAUAGAAUUUGGGAUUGUCUAUUUAAUAUCAAGUUUUCACAAUCAGAAUAUGUGAUAUUAGGUGAACCCUUUAUGAAAAAUCAUUAUAUAGUAUUUGAAAAUGCUCCUGGUAAUAACACAAGGAAAAUUGGAGUAUUUUAAGCAGCUACUCAUAUGUAUUAUCCUGAGAAUCCAAGUCAAUAUGAAUGGCCAUUAUUUAAUGCUAUUCUAUUUAUAUUCUUAUUUGGUCUAGUAAGUGUAUGUUCAAUAACAUUUUUGAAGAGUUUAUGUAAAGAUAUAUUUAGAUCAUUUAAAUAUAGAAAGGUAACUUCAUUUAUAAAUAAAUAGGCAUAAAAUCCAGAAGAUCAAUAAUCUUUAAGAAUUUCUAAAGAUAUUGACUAUGUUGAUUAUUCUACAUAAGAGGAAGUCUAAAGUUAAAUGAAAAAUAUUGAAAUGAGUGAUUAAAAAAAAAUUGAAGAAUGGAACAAAUAAUAAGAGUAGUUUAAAUUUGGUGAAUAAUUUACAAAUUCAUUAGAAUCAAAUUCAUUAUGA